AUGCAAGAGGAUCUAUCUCACUGUCAGCACUUGGUGCGGACAGAAAGGGCAUCAGUAAAAUCCCUUAGUGGACCCAGGGCCAAGAAGGCCAUCACUGAUGCUGCUAUGAUGGCUGAGGAGCUGAAGAAGGAGCAGGAUACUAGCGCUCACCUGGAGAGAAUGAAGAAAAACCUUGAGGUUGCUGUUAAGGAUCUGCAGCACCGCCUGGAUGAGGCUGAGAACCUGGCCAUGAAGGGAGGCAAGAAGCAGCUCCAUAAAUUUGAGACUAGGGUGCGUGAGCUGGAGACUGAAGUUGAGGGUGAGCAGAGACGUGGAGCUGAUGCAGUUAAGGGUGUCCGCAAAUAUGAGAGGAGAGUGAAGGAGCUCACCUAUCAGACCGAGGAGGACAAGAAGAAUGUUACCAGGCUGCUGGAUCUGGUUGACAAACUGCAGCUCAAGGUGAAGGCCUACAAGAGGCAGGCUGAGGAAGCGGAAAGAGACAUAUUAACAUUCUUGGCUAUUGAAGAUAGCAUGACAGUAUUGGUUUUUUUUUGUGUUUUUUUUUAAUUUUCUUUUUAUUGAACAUUAUACCAUAUAUUCUACAUACAGUUGGUACACAAUGACUGAGUGUUUUUUAUUCUAUCUUCUUUUACAAAUGCAUUAUCUUUAGCUUAAACAUGACUUCCUCAGUAUUUUACUUUAAAUCAAAUUAAAAUGACCGUACCUUUCCAUGUACACAAAUAAAAUUAUGCCCAGGACAUAGUGGGUAUUUACAUUCAGCCAUGUAUUUUAGCCAGUUCGGCUUACAGAAUUUCACUAUGAUAACAGUGUAGAGAAUAUAGUAAAAGGUUAUUGAAAUAAAUAAAUAAAUUCAAAAGAAACAAAACAUUUCAACUCCUGUAGCUAUGAACUAGGGUUUCUUUUCCACAAUUGACAUCUCAGAUAAAAUCUGACCUAAUUGGUUUUGCGUACUCCAUCCAGUUUUCCCAAAUUCUUUUAAAUUUAUCCGCCUCCAGUCUCAAAGAAAAAGUUAAUUUUUCCAUCACAUAUAUAUUGUGUAUUACCUCAACCCAGUCCUCAACCUUGGGUGCUUCA